GUGCAAACAUGUGACUCUCUUGUCAUAUCUUGCAGGCAAAACGUUUGUUCCAGGUAUACAGUGCAGACAGAGGCUUACUACACUGUUACAUCAAGGACAACAUACACACACACCACAACCAGUUGCGGAUGGUUUGGUUGGGGCAGAUGUGACACAAGCAGGUCAGUAGAUACAUUUCAAAAGAAAAAACAUACUGCUGAAACUAAACAGCUUUUAUGUCCGUCAGAAAGGACAUAUCAAAUGAUGACUAUAAUUCCGUUUUAAGAUUCCACAUAGUAACCCAACCUUUCGAAAAUUUGCAUAAAAAUGUGCAGACGGUGUCAUUUUGAGAGUAACCUAGCCAUGGUCUCGUACUUAGACCUUCCCCGGCCAUGCAGUGGUAAAGUCCCUACAUUUUGUUAAUCACGGUAGGAUCUGAGUACGAGAUUGAUAUAGCCUCUUACCUGCAAUUUAAUAGUCCCCUUUUUCAUCUAACCACUUUGCCUCCCGCCAGCUUAGAUUUGUAAACGAGCAUAUUCCGAUCAACAACUCAAGACAUUCAAGAACUACGCGCUAUUCAAACUUUAAUGUACUGUGCCCCAGAUAUAACAGGGAAACUGAAGGUGGGCGCACUUUUCUCGUCACCGGAACCAAAAUUUGGAACGAGAUACCACUACGCAUACGGAUGGCGGACAGCAUAAGGUGCUUUAAGCACAACAUGUGGACUAAUAUUUUUUCGCAGCAACAAUUUUUAAGUCAUUUUCGUGUAUAGUUUCCUUUUUAGUUUCUUUACUUAUCUUACAAUUAUAUUAUAUUAUAUUAGUUUCUAUUUUUAUAUUGUAUUAUACUAGUUUUUAUAUUGUAAUUAUUUCUGAGUGAGGGCCACAAGUUUAUUAGCUAUGCUAUUAUGUGUUACCCUCGUAAAAUAAAGUCUUUAUUAUUAUUAUUAUUAUUAUCAAUUCCUAUGAAUCCAUGUGUUUAAGUAUUACCCAAUUUUAUGGUUUUUACAAUUUCGAUUAAAUUAUUUCAAUUCAAUCAACAUUUCAAGCCUAUUUCAUUAUAAUCUGAGUAAUUCUUGUAAUUCAUUGGGCAUGUGAUUAUCUUCCAGACCAAGAACAGUGUACUACGUUACCCAAAGAACUAGAAAUGUCAACGUCAAAAUAAUUUACUGCUGCAGUGGAUGGAAGAAACGUCAUUCAAGCUCAAGAGAAUGCACAAAGGGUACACUAACUUCUCCAGUAAUUUUUUCAUAUUUAUGAAAUUUUCCAUAGCUGCUUAUCUGAAAAUUUAUCCAAUGACUUUUUUUAUUUUGCUUUUAGCGAUCUGCUCUCAGGGUUGUAAUUCCAAUCACGGCUCUUGUGUCGCACCCAACAGGUGCCAAUGUUCUUCGGGAUGGACUGGGUCUACCUGUGACGAUGGUACUAUGUAUUUACAUAGCAUGCAUGUUCUGUUAUUACCAACGUUUUCCUCGUCAUCUUUCCCAUCUUAUUCAUGGGGUCAUAUCAUUUUGAUAAACCAUAAAGUACUCCAACCAGUUUCCAUUUGUCUUAAGACGGGUUCAAAUCUCGAGAAUGAAAUCCUAUGUAGGCCUUAUCCGUAGGCAAUUUAAGGAAAGUUCAUCACAAGUUCAAGGUAUUCGGGCUCUGUCGAGUGCUCCUUGAAGUGUUUGGAUGGCAGCCAAAUAGGCGCCGCUUAGGGGUUUUCGUGAACAGAUUUGCAACGUAUGAUUGUCUUCCCCUAGACCAAUCCUCCUCGGAUCUCAGAGCAUUGGAUUGGUAUAAAACUGAUAAGUUUCUUGAACAAUUAUUUUCUUGUUUGCUCACAUGAAUAUCACAUUUUUACUUAUGUUUAAAAGCAAGGAACCCUUCCUAUUCAUUUUGAUAACUGAUCACUGAUCAUAAAAAGAAAGCUUUCACUUUUAAAUAAGCGACGAUCUUCAGUCGCAAUCUUGUUAAGUCGAUUUAAUGGAAGUGAAGGCAGAGGUGACGUUAGGAGUGGUAGUAACUUGUGUUUUAAUGCAUAGAUGUCAAUGAAUGUGCUACAAAUAAUGGUGGAUGUGACCAAAUUUGUGUGAAUAUACCUGGUUCAUAUCGGUGCAGCUGCAACAUUGGAUACAACCAGCAUGGCCACAGAUGUCAAGGUAUGAUCUUCAUUAUGACGUUCAACGAUGCUCAUUUAAAUAUCGCAUUUCAAAAGUGUUUGAAGAGGAAUUAAUUUUUUCACUGAGAUAUAGAGGGUCUAAGAAAGUUUUUUGGCAAGAAACAACCAUCUUCGCGCUGUUAGAUUUUAUAAUUUUUUUCUUCAUUCUUAGGAUAAAUGUUUAAUGCUUUGACAACAUUGGGACCUCUACAAAUGCUGAAAGUUCUUCUUAUUCUUCCACUUUGUUAAGAGGUGCAUUUGAAUUCAUCUAUUUCUUCAACGAGAAAGAGACAAACCUUUCAAGGUUUAAAAACCUCCACAAGCAAUGGUUCCCUUUUAAUCUCAAAAUUAUCUCCAUCAUUCACACUCCACGCUUUACUUGUAAGCCAAGUAAUCUACCCGUAUUCACCGUCUGUCUCAUUUUCAGACAUCGACGAAUGUCAGAUAAUAUCACCAAGACCUUGCCAUUGCGGGGUUCCUGGAGAGCCUUGUGGUGCAAACUGUGUCAACCUCGUUCCUGGCUACAAGUGCACCUGCGCACCAGGAUUUCAGCUCCGAAGUGGUGGAACCAUUUGUGAUGGUAAUUUUGAAAACAAUCUGUUACUGAUUUGUCAGGCGAAAGAGAAUUGGAGAUGGCAUGCUCAGGGUGUCCAUGUAAAUCAGUUUAAGGUAGAGGAAGUGCUGACAGUGUCUUGAGUCUCUAUGUGAUACAAAUAUUAAUUACAUGUGUUUGUCUUUAAGAUGUCAACGAAUGUUUAACAGCCAAUGGAGGAUGCCCACAAACAUGUCAUAAUCAACCCGGAAAGUUUUCAUGCGGCUGCUUUAAUGGCUUCAACCUCAUUAGUGGGAACGGCGGUACUUCCUGCGAAGGUGAGAUAACUCACUUUGUGCCUGUUUUCAGGAAAACGUUAGGAACAAAUUUAUGGUCAGGGCGGCUGGAAUGUGAUCAGAAUAGCAACUUGCCAGCCAGCUAAUGGUUCUCGGCUUUAUUAACAUCUCUAUUUGUCUCUUUGCGCAGUGCCACUGUUGUAAGACUGACAGCAAUAUUAAUCUUUGUUGUCAGAUAUUGACGAAUGCCUGUCAAGUAAUGGUUUUUGCACCCACCAAUGCGUUAACACUGCGGGAUCUUAUCGUUGUGAAUGCCCCACAGGGUUCUUCUUGGAUUCAAAUGGAAGAUCUUGCUCGGGUAUGUUACUCCCUAUGAACAUGGAUACAAGUUUGUUUGAGACAGCGGAGGAGCACAGGCAAAUGUUUGUUUUUUUCUGUCAUAUCCGUCUUCGUUCACAACCUCAUGUAAACCUCAAGGUCAGAUUCCCUAUGAAGCUUUAUACAGGUGUUGAGUUGACCGAUUCUUAUUAAAAACGCUCAUGAUGAAUCCCUAGCUUGUUUGUUCACAUUACAGAUCAUGAUGAAUGUUUGCUGGGACACCAUGGCUGCCAGCAAAAGUGUAACAAUUUCCUUGGAAGCUUCUACUGCUCUUGUAACUCGGGAUAUGAACUCAACAAAGACAACAAAACUUGUUCAGGUAAAAGGCCACUCACCCUCUUACCAUGGCCUCUUAGUUUUGAAAAGCACUUCUCGCCACCACCUUUCUUGCCAACUCACUAAGGAAAUAGUAAUCGUUUUGCGCAGAGGUCAUUAGUUGAUGGCUAUUUACUUAAUUGUCGUUCACACUAUCCAUGCAGGUACAGCUUCUCGAAUGAAAUUUAUUCUUCAAGUACCAUGUCUUUUUUUUUUCCAGAUGUAAACGAAUGCACCCCUGUGUUCGUCAAGAGCCUUAACAAAACGGUCAUCCCAGCAGGAUGUGAUCAAAUCUGUCACAACACACAAGGGAACUACACCUGCAGCUGUGACCUGGGAUAUCAGCUUCUGUACGACGGAAAGCGGUGCCGGGGUAAGACUGUCCUAUAGUUCUUUUGUAAUGCUUCGGAACAUAAGAACAACUUCAGUUAAUUUUUAACCGUCACAAAGAAUAGAAUAUAAUAUAAUAUAAUAUUUGGAGACUCUAACAUCUACCCUGGCUACAGACCUGACUAUGGGCUGAAUAAACCAUUGACCUAUCGAUCAACCCACCAGUCCGCUCUCCAAAAGAAAAGUUGUGUAUGGAUCGAAUACUGCUCAGUUACAGAUCGCUGAUCAUAUUCUUUUUACUUCACAGACGUGAAUGAAUGUAACACAGGAGUCCACCUUUGUGAACAUAAAUGCCACAACACGCCUGGGUCUUACGGCUGCUCAUGUUUUCAUGGCUACGGACAAAGGGCCGACAUGCGAACCUGUGAAGGUAGGUUAUGCUAUGCAACUGCUACCUUAGAUUAACAAAUCCGUGUUGUUAAGGUUGUUCUCAGAGUCUAUCAGAGAGUACGAGACCUCCGAAAAAAUGUUAUUGAGUAACGGGUACAAAGAAAUUAGGCCUUCGGGAAUGUGUAGACAUCUGUCAUUACCGUCCUUUCAAAUUUUUUUCCUCGUCUUAAUUAGGACUUCCUUGUGAGGACAUCUUUGCCCCACCUCAUGGUCACAUGACCUGCAGCGGAUUUGUCACAAAUGAGACCUGUUGGUUCACGUGCGAGGAUGGAUAUGAAAUACAAGGUUCUGAAAAGAGAACUUGCCUCAAUUCUUCAAAGUGGGACGGACAGCAAACGUCUUGCAAAGGUAACAACAAUUGCAGUUCAAUAGCUGGCAAAUUCUCAAACUUCUCAGUUUUCCUUCUCCUUUUUCAGUCACGUUUCUUUCUACAAUAGCUUUUCUACACCAAAUUUGCUUUUUACUCUAAAAGAUAUUUUUGUCUAUCAUCUCCAGUUUUACAAUCAUGUUUAUUAAUAAACAUAUCUUCUAUGUCUGAGGAGUUUGUACUGCAAGCUGAGCAAGCCAUCACUUGUAUCAUUUGGAUGCUUCCAUUUACCUUGUCGUUCCAUUAAUACUCACGUUAAUGUUACUUCCAUAACUCAACAUAGUGAGAAGUUGUGGUCGACUGUAUCCACCAGAGAAAGGCAUAGUUUUACUUCCCUGUCAUGAGACGUUUGGUUCUACCUGCACACUUGACUGUAUAGAAGGAUACGUUGCAUUUGACCGCAACAUUGCAACGUGCCAGCUGACUAACUCCAGCAACGUAGGAUGGGACAUAGGAAACUUCACUUGUGAAGGUAUGAGUUGUCCUUAUGAAAUGGACAUCGACUGAAGAAUUCAUAUCGUAACAGAAACGAACACUAAAUUCCUGUUCUCUUUUCCCUGAAGAUGUCAUUCCUCCGUGCACUAGCAGUAAUCAGUAAUUUGUUAUUUGACCCAUUUGCUAAGUAUCUUAAUUUAUUUCUGUUUUAAUUCUACCUAGAGAUAAUCCUUUGCAAGCCCAAUCCAUGUCGGCAUGGAGGAAGAUGCAUCCUCAUCGAUUCACAAAAGUUUUCAUGUGAUUGUCAGAAUACUGGGUAUGAAGGGGAUCUCUGUGAACGAGGUGUUGUUACACCUCCUGAUUUCCCAAAACUACUUCCUGGAAGGCCUUCGGAAGAUCUUUCAUUACUUGCGAAACCUGACAAUGUAUUAACUGUUUCCUACGAUGCAACCCUGAAAAUGACCUUCCAUCCGAAAAGAGUGAUGAUUCAGUAUCCAUCAGAUCAAGCGGAGUUUAAAGUUAUUGGGCACGAGUCUGGAGUUGGUAUAGUGUCAUACGACCUCAGUGGGAUAGACAAGCAUACUUUUGUGUCUCCCACAGAUAGCCCAAUCUUUGUUGGUCUUAACAUGUCAAAUGCAAACAGCAUUUACACCAGAAUGGGCCUUUUGAAUGGCGAGGUACCAAUCGGAUGCCAAACAAGUAACCUAGAGAACUUCCCAUGCGGGCUAAAAGUAACCUACACCUCCUCCUCGACCCUGCCAAAUGAUGUUCUCAUCCAGUCAGGUCCUGUUCACAUCAUUUCACCCGACAACAAAACAAUUCCUUUGAGUCUUGUGGGAUACAAUUUUGCUUCAUCUUCUCAUUCAGGUCAAGAAUCAGAGUUGCUGAAGACACUUAUCGCCCAGACAAGCACUAUCAAUACGAGCUCGGCAGGCCAAACAUCGAACAAAAUGUGCUCCUUUCAGCCAAGCGCAGAUGCCUUGAUUGAAUUAAUUCAGGAAGACGCUUUUUCAAAGUCUUUCAUGCGGUACUUGACAGACAGGCUACCAUUAUGGAUACGACUUAUGGUUGAAGAAGACAACAAUUUAUUUGCCGCAAAGAACAUUCGGGCCGACCUCAUUCAAACCGCAAGCACGCAGAGUGAUCACCUGAAUUGCAAGUUUCCCCCACUUGGUAUCGCCACUGCAAUGGUCACAUAUCGUCCGAAAGUCACUUUCACUAUCUCCGCUGGGAGGAAACAAAUUUCCUUGCCCAGCAAAGGCUGUUGUUUUGCAACCGACCCUUGCAGUAGUGCAGUGUUCCUGACAUUAUCCGGAAAGGCUAGUGAAGAAAUUAGCAAAAUGCCCGUUUUGAAGGACUUGACUGAUAAUGGCUGGGGUGUCCUGUUAUCAUCUUUUGGUUUCACCGCUCCGAAAAAAUACCAAAGCUUAACGAACUCCUUGCCUUCUGAUCCAAUGUCUGAACACUUUUUAGAUUUUCAUUAUAAUAUGUGGUGGGAAGGAACUACUAACAUUUCCCUAAAAAACACAAGUGAUUUUUCAAUCAACAUGAAAAUGAGUGGCCAAGUAUUCUCAUUUGUAGAAGAUUUGAACAGCGUGAGUAUAAAGCCUUGUCUGGUAACUAUUACAAAAUAGCCGAGAGAAUUCAAUUGCAUGUUAAGUUUACCAAUACCCAAACACCCUGGCGACCACGGCAAACCAUGCUUAGCUUUGAUUUUGGAGAGUUAUUCAAUGCAACGUAAUAAUUCUUUGUGGGCGUGGAAGGAAUCAGAUCGGACAUCACAUGAAGAUCAAGAAAACUGCAUGGAGGGUUUCAAAUUUAUCCUAAGGUUGCAAUUUCCUCGUAACAAUUACAUUUCAAUCCUUAAUUCUAUUUGUCUUGUAGUUACUCACCAGGUACUUUUCUCGGCCAAUCAAGAGUAUAUUUCAUGGAUCAGUCGAGUUUACUUUUUCUAUGCAAGCUCUAGGCAAGAAGUUUUCACUGAGAUUUCACGCCAACAGUGUGGUCGCAAAGUCACAACUUGGAGGUAAAUUCUAACGGUGCUUUCAUAUAUUUUAUUUUGACUAAUUCAGUUUUUGUCUUGUUGUUGAUCCUGAUGCCCUCUUCUCCCCUUUAACGUUCGUCCCUUUUCUUUUUAUCAGUGUUAGGAGAAUUACUAUGUUAACGGUUUGUCAGCAGUACAUUUUGUUUUCUUUCCUGAGGACCUUCCCUUUUCUCAUCGGAAUGCCAAGUUCCCCAAGGUUUCACCUUCACCCUGGAUCGAGCUGUCGAACCUUUCAAGAAUAGUAUUUUUUUAACCUUCAUUAAACCCAAAGGAGGAGUCAAAUAUUUGCAAAUCUACUACUCUAUUGAUGGUGGAGAAGAUAUCGCAGCAUUUGAUCCCAGCAACAACUUGAAAUCUCUGGAAUAUCAGACGCAAGACAUAAAGAGGGUCUUUUUAGAUGUUCAGAUAUUUGUUCCUGAAUUGCGAGAAACAACACAAACGUGGACUGCAGUGUUAGAAGAGACGCUCAUUAAGGUCAUCAAGGCUCGAAAUUUGCUCUCCUCUUCUUCGGAUCUCUUGCAACUAAAAAAACUGGUUGCAGAGAUUGACAACGAUCUUCAAAAGAUACCAAGAGUCCUUGAUCUUCUCAUAGCGAGGUCACAACCGUACAGGAAUCGUUCAAACAUUGAAAAUGCCAUCAGUCGCCUCCUUAAACUUAAGUCAGACCUUCCAAUGACCAUCUCUCUGGUGUUCACGCAGUCGUCCAUUCGACAAUCCUUUGCUGGUGUUCGUUUUGCCCUUGUGGCACAGAUUUGUCACAAAAGACUCUGUUUUGACAACAUCAAUUGUAAUGUAUGGUCCCUGACUGACAACCACUGUUUAACCAACAGUUCUGGCACAGACAAUGGUAUAAUAGUGAACGGAACUGCCUUGAGAGACAUACCUCUUGGUAAUAUAAUAACUUUCCCUACUCGGAGACCGCUGCGAAUGCUAAUAAGCCGCAAAAAUGAGCCACUCGAGACUACAUUUGAGUGUUCUGUUCGAUUAUUGGGACUGGCCAAAACCACGAGCGUACGAAUGGUAGGACAUGAGCUCUUCUUUUCCAUCUCAGGGCCAAUUUUUGGAACGUUCGAGACGCUUUUGAAUGUAAAAGCUGACCUUGGAAACGUUGCAGACUGGAAAUCCUUGCUUUUUGAAGUGAAGGGCACAAUGAGUAAGUCAUCAGGUCUUCAUGUGAUGCUGGAAGGUACGAUUGCUAACGAGACUACCCUUGCGGCCAUGGAAGCAACCAGAAGGUUGAGGAAGGCGAAGGCAGCUUUCAGUGUUGCAAAGACGAAAGCAGAUGCAGCCAGGAACUUUCUUAAAGAAAAACAGACGAUCACCGAACUGCUGAGAAGGAAAAAGGAAAAAGCUGCAGAGGAUCUUCGUGUGGCACGUCUGCAAUAUCAAUUAGCAAAAGUGAGUUUCAACAACACGGUCUACCUUAAGCUACAUAUUCUGAAUCCUAUGUGUGAAAUAAGAGAGUGCAACUACACUUGUUUGAACGGCUGUGUUCACCCUAACAUCUGCCAGGACCCGAUAGACAUAACUUAUCUUGAGCGAUACUGUGCCACGGUUGACAAACCAAUGACAGUAAAAGUUGUGGAAAGCAGCUCUAGAAAAAGCAGUUUUGCUGUGCAGACAUAUUAUACCGUGUAUACUGGAAACUGUAGAUCCGGGGUUUCCUUCAAAAAAAUUUUAAGUUAUGCUAAGAAGGGAGCUCAGGUUGGAAAAUUUGUUGGAGGAAUUAUUGGAGGUGGGCUUGGCAAGGUUGUCGGAGGAUUGUUUGGUGCGAUUGGUGGAGGUCUUGUUGGAUAUUUCAGCAAGAAAAUAUUUGGCUGUUCUGACACUUACGAGACAGUUCUAGGUGAACCGCGGCUUGUAGAGUACGAACGGAAAAGUUUCGAGGUAAAAGCUGUAGUCAAAAUGAUCAAGGAAAUUGAGUGCUCAGGCCAAGAAGAGAAAACAAAACCCGGUGGAUUUGGUCCUCCUUACCCUUGCUGUAAGCGAUAUGGAUGCCAAACCAAAGUCAUCGAUCCCCUUUGUGUCAGACACAACGAGGAAUGUCUCAUUUACAUGACUGAGCUUAAAUUUACGCUUGAUGCCUUGAAUGAAACUUUUCAAUAUGCCUUUCUGAAUCUUAGAGAAUCCGUUGACAAGGUUAAAAAGGCUACAGCUGUUUACGAGAAAGCGAGAAUUCGUCAUGAAGUGGCACUUAAUGAGCUGCACAAAGUAAAAUCUUACACGGAACAGAGACUAUCAGCGGUAGAAAUCGUCAAUGCUUCUAUGAUUCAUGUCCGCCGAAUCGUUGACUUUGGACUGAAGAUAUCCCAAGCUAUGAAUGCCAGUAAUUCGUAUGGGAAUAAAACUGUAGAUGUUGGAGACCUUAGGUUUUCACUAACCACAGCAUCAAAAGAUACAAGAAAGAUCCUUUUUCAGUGCAAUGUUAGCUCUGCUAACAGUCAAUCUACGUUAGUCUCUUUUGUAGUUGACUUCGAUCAAAUCGAACGCUCAAUCAAUUCUGCCUCCAAGACGAUCCUUAGCAAGCUGUUUGGUGGGACAUCAUCCAGGAAGAGGCGGGCGGCUCCGGAAGAACAGAUUCACUUUGAGAAUUCCACAGACAUAAAUGCUUUACACAUCAGUUUCACUGAUUACCCUCAUGCAUGCCAGUUUGCCAAUUCAACACAUUUGUUCCUAAUCUCCAUUCUUCACCCCCUGGAAAAUCUAAUUUCAGCCGUUAAAGGAAUGGAUGAAGAGCUAUCCUCCGGAUUCAAAGACCUUGACAGACUGACGCACACUGUUCAUGGCAGCAGCUCAUUUUCCAAUUCGUCGAGUAGUUCCAACAUUUCCAACAGUUCCCCAAGAAGUCUAAACAAUUCGUUCGUUUCAGACUACUUAGAGAUGAUAGAAUUCUUCAAAAAUGAGAGCGCUCUGGUUCGAAAUGACUCUUCACAGUCUUGGAAUGAAACUCUAGAGGCUUGGAGGGCAUUCCUCGAGGUAUUCACCCAUAAAAGCGGAUUUCAGGAAUGUUCAGGGGCCAUGGACUGUAUCGAAUAUUCUUUUGAAGGGCUAGGGGAAUUUUACGAGUUUGAAAGCAGUUCACAAGCAAUGACGAUAAAAGACGCACUUUCUAAGCUGAAAGACUUGAUUAUGGCAUUAACUUCUGAAGCCUUAACAAUGCCAGAAACUGAACACACAGUCCAACAAGCUCUUUUAUUGCUGAAUGAAACCCGCGACGAUUCCGUUUUGUGUGGGGGGACGCCGUACAUUACCUCUUCACCUCAAAAGGAAAUUAUCGUCCUGACUGGAGAAAGUUUAUUGCUGCGUUGCGCUGCUGAAAGUGAAGCUGAGAUAAAGUAUGCUUGGAUGAGGAAUGACAAGCUUGUUGACGAAUCACUGGAUGGAACUUUCUAUGUACGCGCUAUCAGCAAGCAACACGAAGGUGCUUACGUCUGUGUCGCUUCAAACAAUAAAGGCAGUUCAUUGUCUAACGUGACGAUCAUCAAAGUUCAUAACAAGCCCAGCAUCACUCUACAUCCACAGCCACAAAGAGUAGUUGUUGACAGUGAAAUGCCCGCGACAUUCAUUUGCAACGCAACGGGCCAACCUACGCCUACUUUUCAAUGGUUCUUCAUAUCCAUCAAUUCGUCUGUUGUCAAAAUUAACGAGACGAGACCUGUGUUACACAUACCUGGUCCUCGUCAACAUCAAGAAGGUUAUUACUACUGUGAGGUAUCCAACGAGCAUGGUGUGGCAAUCAGUCAGAAGGCCCGGCUUGACGUACUAGGCUACUCUGUGGGUCUUCCCAGACUGCUUUUCGCCCUGAAUAUCUCAUCGUCCUGUUGGGAGGUAUCAAAUACCUCUAACAAUUCCGUGCACAAAGCUCUGUCAUGUAAUUCCAGCAUAGAAGUAUUGCCGUCAUCAGAAAACGAGACCUUAACUGAUGACAUUCUUCGUUCUUUAGCAAGAUCACUUAAUGCAUCCAUCAAGCUGAUCUCCGAGUUUGAGUACAGCUCAAGAAAUAAUUACACCGCCACCAUUGCAUUUAUCUUAGAUAUCGAUAAAGAGGCUUGGAGACAAUCCAACUUUACCAGUCACAUGCAAAUAGUUGAAGCUAUCGCUUAUAUUGGUGCUAAUCUGAUUGACAAAGUGGACCAGUUCAAUUCUAGCCUACUUAACAAGACUUUUGAGGUACCUUGGAACAACACCGUUAUUUAUGGAGAUCCUGGAAGCCUUCUUGUUUACCCUCUGUCUCCGGAAUGUCCCCAGGGACAGGCCCUCGAUGGAAAUGGAUACAUUUGUGGUAAGCAUAACGUCAACUUUAACCCAUAUCCUAUUGGCUCGGAGUUGUAACAAAGGACAGAGAGAAAAAGUUCUGCUUAUACCUCAUCAUAGACAUUACAGCCCUGUCUUUAACUGCUAACAUUUGUGGCCGCCGUGACUGACCUCAUGAAGGCCUUCACGACUUAACGUAGUUUACACACAGAUUACACUUUGAGUUCAGUUGUCUUUGAACCGUAUAACUAACUGAACGUGUAAAAAGCCCCUCUGAUGUAUUUGUGAUCGCUUUAGUCCUAUAUAAUUCACUCGCUUACACCUCUAUGCUUACGAGUUAGGCAAAAAAUUUAGUUAAUAAAGAAUUUCUUAUUUGUCUGAUCUGCUUUCUCUCUAAACAUGCAGUGUCUUUAUCUCCUUAGCAAACUGUCCUGCUGGCUCAUUAUAUGUAGAGGAGAAUGAAACAUGCGCAGAAUGUCCGUUCGGAACUUACCAACCUGUGCAAGGACAAACAAGAUGUAUUCCCUGUGGCACAAACCUCACAACAGCCUUUAAUGGAACAGUGAAAGAGUCAGACUGUAUUGGUAAUGUCAAGUAUAUUUUGUUUUGGCUCGGUUUAAUCUCGGGUGACAUUUUGUUUUCAUAUAGCUAAAGGCUUUUACACUUAAGUAUUCCAACGGGUCUAAUAAUUGUACUUCACUUCAGUCAAUCAAAAAAUGUCUUGGUUGUCUUCACUGAUUCAUAAUACCCACCGUAAAUAUUAAAAAUGUCUGAAUAUCACUGAAUUUUUUAGAAGCUUAAAGAGAAAUGAAGGAUUAUGGCAAAAAUUUAGGAAAAAAUCAAAAUUAAAGAAGAUAUUAAGAUAUCUUUAAAGACUCUGCAUGAGGCAAACGCACCAUUAAUAUCACUUUUUUCUCUUUAUCCGGUGCCCCUUCAGCUGAUUGUCCAGCUGGAUCAUACAGUACAAAGAACAAAACAUGCUCUUUUUGUCCGCUUGGCAUGUACCAACCAUCCCGAGGGAAGCCAGCUUGUAUUGCUUGCGGUAAAAACCUAACAACAAUUACCAGUGGAACUGUUGAAGAAAUGCACUGUAUAGGUAAGUUAACAUUUGUCACAUUUUCAGUUCAAAUGGAGGGCGAUUGAAGCUAUAGCUUCUGGCCACAAGACAUUAGCAAAUUGGCUGGCAUAGAAGCAACUUCUUCCUUUUAUGUUACGUUUUGGGCAGAAGAGGAUUGAGGCCUCUCUUGGUUUUGUGUUGCACCUAGACAGCCCCUAACGCGGGAAAACGGAAAAUGAUCAAAUCACGAUUGGGUUUAGACUUAGAUUUGAUUGAUUCAGAGGAGGUGCAGGUCUUCUAAAAAAGUCUUAAGGCGUGGUAAGGCAAAAUCGCGGCAAUUCUCAUUACUUUUUACUUUCAUGUCAAAAAUUACUCUAAAAACUGGGCCUGUCCAACAGAAGAAACGACGAAAAAUCACGGAAGAAAGUGAAGAUUGUUUUCCCAGUCAUGCCGUAACUUAGUAAUUUUUCCAUUUUUGUUUUUGUCUACUGUUCCGAGUCUUGAAAAAACCGUGAAAACUGCAAUGAGUGCCUCGAACGACUUACUGUUAAGAAUUGUUUAACCAUUCUUUAUGCAGCGAACUGUCCUGCUGGCUCGUACAGUUCUGUGAACCGGACAUGCGCUCUUUGUCCGCUUGGUUCUUACCAGUCGUCUGUUGGCCAGAUGGAUUGCCUUCCCUGUAGACAAGGUUUCACCACAGCCUCGACAGGAGCUGUUAGUGAAUCGCAGUGUGAAGGUGGGCUAUUGCUAUCUCCUACAACAUUUAUGACUCGUUUUCAGACUGCAGUGCAAUCCUACUUUGUUGGUCAAAUUAUUUAAAAUUUCAGUGUUAACAAGAUUGUGAAAUUAGUGUAUAUUUUUACUUUACUUUUAACAUGACAGAAAAACCAGUUACUGAAGACAAAACAACCAUUUCUACACCAUCGGCAACGUCGCAAAAUGUUGAAAUGAAGGUAGGUAGAUUUUCUUAUUUUUGGAUUUGCAAGAAGACAAGAAUUCAAAGCGAUCUGGCUUUACAAUAAACAAUUUUUUUUCAAUGUUCUCAGUUAUAAACUGAGAUGUUAAAACUUUACGAUAGGGAAAGGUGAGCUGGCUAACAAGACAGGUUAAUUGGAAGCUUCUUGUAAUAAGGGCUUUGUAGUGGUACUAGCCAUGCGAUAGCCUCAUCUUCUCAUGUCUAUCAUUUCUUUUAUCAGACAAGUACCAACGAACAGCUCACAACUAAGACCCCAGGAGAGGCCAAAGAGCAGGAAAAGGCCGAUGAGUUGUCUUGGAAACUUCCCACCAUCAUUGUUGUUCCAUUACUUGUGGUGCUA